AUGGCACCGCACAUCCCACCCGAGAUCCUCCAGACGAUCUUCCGCAACCUCGGAUUCUUCGACCUUCUCCGCUGCCAGCGCGUCUGCAAGGCUUGGGCCGGAUACCUCCCCGGAGACGAUCCCGAGCUUCACCGCAAGCUCUUCUCCAAGGCCGAAUUCGCGGAACAGGAAGAAGAAGACGAAGAACCCCGCUUUUCCAUCAAAAUGAAGGCCCCCGUCGACGUGCUUAAAAUUGAGGGUAUGCUUCCCAAGCUGGCAUUUGGCCUUGAGAUCAAAGUCCGCUCCCCAUCUGGCUUCGACGAGGACACCAUCUUCCAUCCCCUGGUUAGGAACCUGGCCGCGAACAUGAACCUCAUCAGCCCCGGAUUCAAGCUUCCGAGGGGCGAGAGGUACAACUCGGAUGGUGAGCUCUCGACUCCGUACUUCGCGUUCCGGACGUUCGAGGAGCUAAGGGAGAAGACGUGCAUGCCCAAGGGGUACAAGUACAAGGAUGGGUCAUGGCGCAACAUGUUGAUGUGCGUCCCGGCGAUCGAACAAGUUCAGGUGCAUUUCGAGUGGCCUUUGAACGGAUACCAUCGGAUGUACACCAUUGAGAAGAGGCUGGCUAAGGGAGUCACGGUUAGACAGUUUGCGGGUGCAGUCAGGCGGAUGCUGGCUCGCGCAGAGGACGACGUGACGCGCCUUUCUGGUCGGUUGUCCGUCUACUGCGAGAACUGCGGCAUGAACGAAGAUGCGGAGUGUGAGCUGAGCGACGAUGACGAUUAUUCGGAUUGGUGA